AUGAAGAUCCAGCAGGUGGAGGUGAAGGCGGCUGAUCGUCUGGUGCAGGAGCGGGGUCUGCUGGUGACGGACCCUCAGUGGAGGCACAUCGUGAGAGAGGAGAAGAGCUUCUGUCCUCAUGAGCUGGUGCAUCUGGUCACACACCUGUGUGAGACUCUGAAGGCUGGGAAGUUAACCUGCGUGCUGGUCAUCCCUCCUGCGGUCACACCGGGCUCUGGUCAGUCUGGCAUGUUUGGAUGGGAGGAUUUUGAGAAACUGGCUCCUGUGGUGGACGCGUUUAGUCUGAUGACGUAUGAUUACUCUGGACCGGGCAGGCCGGGUCCGAGCGCUCCUCUGGCCUGGGUCAGAGAGUGUGUGCUGCAGCUGGCUCCUCACAGCGAGUGGAGACACAAGAUCCUGCUGGGAAUCAACCUGUACGGCCUGGACUUCAGCAGCUGGGCGGCAGGUGCACGCUCCAUUCACUGAAACACUCACUUAUACAAAGUACUGCUGUCAGAUGGAAUUACAUGCGCUAUUUAUUUGUUUAUGAUUUAUUUUAAAAUCUAAAAAUAUUUUGCAGUGUUAUAUAUAAUAACAAAAGAAUUAUAUAAAAUAAUUUGAUAUUUAAAAAAAAAUAUUUGCAAUAGCAAUAUUUUUACCUUUAGUAAAAAAAAACAAAAAAUUAUAUUUGUAUAUUUAAUAACCGUUAAAUGAAAUAUAAACAAAUCUGAUUUAAUUGCCCAUAUAUGGGUCAACGAUGAAAAAGCAUUUAAGCAUAAAGUGUAAUUUUACAUUUGUUAAACUUGCCACCAUCCUAGGUUUUGUCCAUUGGUCAGUAAUAGUUUUUUACUCAUUUAAAACACAAUAAAAUGUAAUAUGCUUAGUUUUUCUUUUAUAUGUUUUAAUAUGUACAAGUCAGAAUAAGCAUGUUGUUUGAUUUUUUACAUAACUAUUGUGUUACACUGAAUUACAUUAUUUAAACAAAAUUAAAAAAAUAAGUUUUUAAAAGAAUGUUAGAUAAUUAGGUUAAUUAGGGAAAGCAAAUAUCCAUUUCCAAAAGCGCCAACAUUAAAUAACAUUUCAAAAUUGAAAUUGAAAAGUUGCAAUUAUUCCAUCCAUUAGAAAAUGCUUAUAUAUAUAUAUUAUAAUUUUAUUUAUCUUUAUCUUAGGUUGUCAUUUUUAUUUUUAAACGGGUAGGGUCAGUUUGACUAUACACUGAUAAUAAAGGUUGAGGACUUAAAGGAAAAGGACUUCAAUUAUAUAUUUUGAACACCCGCUCAUAAAGAAAAUGUCCCGGUUCCCAUUUCCGAAAUCUGAUUACCGUACUGUAAAUAUUCAUGUUCAUUAUGGGAUGUUUUGAGUCUUACUCUGGCCACAAUCAGACAUAUAGGUUUAGAUGUAAUUAUAGAUGCUUUAUAUCACCAAAUGGACUG